AGCAGUCGUGCUGUGAGCAUCGCAGUGAAAACACCUGGCCAUUUUCCAACAGAGAGAACAUAAUAUUUGCAAAUUUCACUCUCGUGCUCCCCCAAACGCGCUUCUUAAGAAAAAUUAAAUCAAUCACUGAUUCAGCUAAUAAGCUCCCCAUUUUUUUUCUCUUUUGGUGUUGGUGGAGUGAAAGUGACGAAGAUGGUGCAAAGUUUGGGGAUUUUCACGUAGAAAAUCAAAAGAACAAUAAUUCUAAAAGAGGUUUUACAUUGAAAGACUCCGUAAUCCCCUGCCUAAAGACACAAGGAUUAAAUUCGUAUUACGUGGAGUGCAAAAAUUCUUACUGAUACACACCCAUGAUAAGCAAGUCUCGCAGAGGCAAUCAAUAUUCCAAUAAAUAUUCUUGCGCGACCUUUGAGUGAAUUUUCGCGAUUUUUUCCCUGUGACUUGCACCUUAAGAAGUUCCAUCCGGUACUGAGAAAAAUAAAUUUUUUUCAAAGAAAGAGAAAAUGUUGGAGUCAAGAAAUGAGAUUUAUCAGCAGAAACAAACAGAAAUUGGAGUCUCCAUAAUUGGGGAUGUUCACACAUUUCAGAGUCAACCAUCGCAGAUUUCGUCAAAUGCAGACCUCCUCAAUGCAUACCGUGGGGAGCAGCAGAAAACGAAGAUCCUCGGAAUUUCCGAGGCGACAUUCGAUAACAUCACAAGAUUCGCAGCAGAAAUAGCUGGAACAGCUAUUCUUCUGUUUUUGGGCUGCGGAAGCUGUAUUAAAGGCUUAGGUCAAGAACCAACCAACUUGAUGACCAACCUGUCGUUUGGCUUUGCCGUCACAGCGAUUAUAACAAUGUUUGGCCACAUAUCCGGUGCCCAUCUUAACCCUUCCGUCACAAUACUCGCACUUGUCUUCCGCACUAUCAGUCCAGUGAUGGCAGUAUUUUACGUGAUCGCUCAAGUAAUUGGAGCAAUUGUGGGCUAUGGCUUCAUUGUGGCAAUGACACCAACGGACGUUUUUGGCUUACAAGAGGGCAUGUGUACAACAACAGUUCAUGAAACAAUGAACUUAGGGGAAGCUUUUCUCGUUGAAUUCCUCUGUACGGCCAUUCUUAUUUUCACAGUUUGCGGUGUUUGGGAUCCGCGAACGGGAAAACUCCAAGAUUCUGCGUCAAUUCGCGUUGGAUUGGUCGUUGCUGUGCUAUCAAUUGUAGGUGGACCAUAUACGGGGGCUAGUAUGAAUCCAGCUAGGAGUAUUGCACCUGCCAUCUAUACGGGUGUUUUUGAUGAUCAAUGGCUCUACUGGGUGGCGCCACCGCUGUCGGCCCUCUGUAUUGCGUACCUCUACAAAUUUGUCUUUUGGCGCGAAGAUCCCGAAAGGAAGAAUAUUCGCAUGAAUGCUGCCACAAUGGACAGAAUCUCAGAAUUCCUGGCAGAACUGCUGGGAACGGCGUUACUGCUCUUCUUUGGUUGCAGUUCGUGCAUUGUGGGAUUGGGACCCAUCCCUGAGCACUUUGUAAUCUGCCUGACCUUUGGGCUGGCCGUCAUGUUGAUUGUUAAUAUUUUUGGAUGCAUUUCCGGAUCACAUCUCAAUCCCGCUGUCACAGUUGCAGCCACAAUUUACAAGCUAAUCACGCCAACGCAAGCUGCAAUCUACAUGGCUGGACAAUUUAUUGGUGGUUUUGUGGGUUUUGGCGUUCUCAAAGCCAUUACACCUGCUCAAAUUUUCCGACCAGAAAAUUCCACAGGACCUGGCCUUUGUACAACCAUCCCCAAUCCCGAUGUAUCCUCCCUCCAGGCAUUUACAGUGGAAUUCAUCAUCUCAGCCGUGCUGAUUCUCAUCUGUUGCGCCGUAUGGGAUCCACGCAAUGCCAAUCACCAUGACUCUGUACCUCUGCGCUUUGGUCUGGCCAUUACCUGCCUCGCCCUGGUUGGUGGUCCCUACAGCGGUGGCAGUAUGAACCCAGCACGUUCCCUGGCGCCAGCUCUCUGGAAUGGAGACUUCGACCAGCACUGGAUCUACUGGCUGGCACCCCUUCUUGCAGCUGCCCUCACUACACCCUUCUACCUCAUUGUCUUCCGGCGUGAAACCCCCUCUGAGAAGCCCGAAAAAUCCUCCGGAGAAGAUUUCCCAUUGCGCACAAAUAACGUCUAACUAUGCCCACAUGAUGCGCAUCCAAAAAUACUCGAAUCCCCCUCUUGUUGUUUAACUUAUUCCCACAGGCGUCCACAAGAAUGAAAAAAUAAAGAGCCCACAUUCAUGUUUCCAUA